AUGGGCUCUUCUGCUAUGGAAGUCGAUCAAGACCUCGAAAGCCACGGCUCGUCUGCCUCGCAAACACCGGCAGGCCUCACGAGCAUCGUCACUCGAAGCUGGCGCUGGCUCAGAGGCACGCCCGCUCCUCAACAAGCCUCUCAGGCCUCGGAUCAGCAGCGCUCGGCCGAUGCUGAGCAAGCGCGCUCGGGCAAGCGGCGCUCUCUGCUCGGCAAGCCGGAGGCGAGCGAUGUCGAGGCGAACGCUGGCAAGUCAGGCGGCAGCAGACCUGCCCGACAGAUACCAGAGCGUUCUCAUGGCGCUUCGCAUAGCAGAGCGACUCCCAAGCAGCCACCUUCGACCACUUCCACGAGACACAGGUCAAUGUCAAAAAUGUCGGAGUCUGGCAGGUCCUCCGUCGAUCACGGUGGACAAACGGCAGCUUACAGGCGCAGAACAUCGCACUCCACCCUGCAGCUGAACAGGUCACCGCCUCCGCUGACAUCUGGCAGAGAUAGGACUGCCGAGUACGACUCGUCUUACUCACUUUCGCAGCGCCAGGUGCCGCGCUCGCAGACAUAUACGAACGGCCUCGCAUCCCGCGCUCUGACAAGCAAAGCAUUUGCACACCAGGACAAGCAAAGCACGCCCAGAGCGAAUGGUAUGCUCAGAUCGCCUUCGCCAGAUCGCAUGUCUAUGGUCUCCGGCGCGUCUGCAUCAUCGCGAUUCGGUGCUACCCGUCUGCCUCACACCUCCAGCAUGACAUACGGACUAUCUUCAGCAUCGCCCUUCGAGCCGCUGGCGAGCGAUACUAGCCGCACCUCCUAUGCUAUGCCUGCUUCGAGAUCACUGGCCACAGGUCUUGCAAUUGCCGGGACUUUGUCGCCGAGUUUACUAGGCAAGCGGGAACGCAGUGUGGAUGUCACCCUGAGCACAGCUUCACAUCGAUCUCUGCCUAGGUCGUAUACGAGUGACAAUAGGCUUACGCGACGGCAAGACAGUCGAAGCUCUUUUACACCUUCUGUGCGGGUUCAGCCCUUCCGUUCGCCGAGUCCGACAUCGCACACUAAGAAGAAGCAAGCUGUCUGGGAUCCCUCGAAGCGCAUGUUCGUUUCGGCAGACGACAUGCGUCGCGAGCGUCAAGAACGUCAAGAGAGCGCAAGCGUCAACGUGCCGCGCAACGAAGCCGAGCGAAUCCUUAGUGUGCUCGAAAGCAUGCGCACUCCCCUGGCGGGCGCGCGGCAAGCCAAGCCUUUUACUGCGGUCAAUGUGCCUUUGCCGAGCGCUUUACCGGCUGACAAGCCCUUCAUGACCGCUUCGAUGCACAGAGCUGCCAACACGAGCCACAUCUCCAGCGCUGUCUCGCCGUACGCACGUCGUCAUCAACGUGAGCUUAUCGAUCGCCGCCCUGGCAUCGCGAGCCGGAUGCGCGAUGCGAAUACGCAGAAAGCAGCUCCUGCUGUCUCUGCGCCUCACAAAGACUCCCACAUGAAUGACCUGACGUCCUCUGAAGACGAGCCAGAGCCGCAGCCCAGGAGAAGUCCUCGCAAGCGUACUCAAGCUUCCCCCAAACCUGCCCCAAGUACUCGUAAGAGUAGAAAGACAAAAGAGUCCUCUAUCUUGCCAACGAGCGAGAGCGACGCUCCUGCUCCUGCGAAAGCUGCCAAAGCUGCCAAGUCUCGACGAAAAGGAAAAGCAAAAGAGGCCAUUGCGGAAGAGCCUGAUUCUCCUGCCGCAAGUUCUCAAACCGCCGAGCCAGAGACGUCAAAACCUGUACAGUUUGCGCGUGGCAGUGACUCACUACGCCCGGGAAGAACGCACAGUAGUCGCACCCAUGCUUCUGCGGCUCUCAGUCGCUUCUCCGCGCGAGAGGAAGAUCUCCCGCCAGCAGAAGCUGAAGACCUCGAAAAGAUAAAGCUACCGCCCAUGACCUUUCCCCAAUCUUUUGCUUUCAGCACGACGCCUAGCGUGCCAGUCGCAAGCAAGUCAUCGUCGCAGGAUCAGCCGGUAGAGUCAGGGAUACCUUCAACGUCGACCAGCGCUGCGAAGCUACCUGCGCCAGAGUCAAAGAUCCCCGCAUCACCUUUCAAGGGCUUUAGCGGCUUGCCUGCUGUUCCAACGCCGGAGCGAUCAGCGCUCAAGACAUUGCGACCCGCUAAGCCCGCACAACAGCCUUUGGCACCCGCCCCGACGAGCGUCGUUCCUCUGUCCAUACCUAAAUCGCUGGGCACAUCUACGCCACUUUUCGGCGCGCAAGCCAGCGCCUCGCUGCCCAAAGCAGCCUCUGCAGCCCCAGCGAUAGCAGAGAGUACGCCAAAGCCUUCGACACAGCGAAGCAACCCUUUUGCAGCGCAUCGUAUCGCAGAUGCCGGCGUGCCACCGCAGCUCAAGAAGGGCACACAGCCUGCUCCUUCGACGUCACCUGAGGACGCUCCGCCAUUCGUGCCAACAAAGCCUGCCGCAGCACCUGCGUUCUCGUUCGCUGCGCCCGCUUCGAAUGCACUCGCGGUAAGCAGCGGGCCCACGCAAGUCAAGCGCAAACCGUCUUUCACCGAGCAGACGCCGGUCAAAGAAGGCCGAAGUGAAGGAGCAGACGAUGCAGAUAGUGCAGCGAACGAUAGCGUGAUGAUGCAAUCUAGCCCGCCUCUACCCGCUCCAGCAGCACAAACUGGCCUCUUUUCGCCUACAGCCGCCGGCAGCAAUCCAUUCGACGCUACGAAGGCGAAUGCUGCACCGAAAGCUGCGUUCUCCUUCGGCACGCAGCCUAAUCCAUCUUUUGGAGCUCCAGCAAGCAAGGCAGAUCCGCCUACUAACUUCAAUUUCGGCGUGCCCAAGGCCGUCAACGGCAAUGCAGAAGGUCCUACGAGCUCUACCGGCGAAAGCCAGACGCCGAAAACAUUCGUGUUUGGCGCUAAGCCUGAAGCAGUAGGGAAAACCCCAUCCGCGCAGCCAGCGAGCUCGUCAGGACUGGCCUUUACUUUCGGCGCGCCGGCAGCCCCGGCAUCGAGCACACCCUUUACGUUUGGCACGCCCACGAGCUCAGCGCCGACAACGAGCACGAAGCCUGCUGCAAGUCAGCCUUUCACUUUCGGCUCGCCAGCUCCAGCUGCGCCUUCGCCGUUUGGAAGCAAUACAGGCGGCGCUUUCGGCAGUAACAAUGCUGGGAAUGCGUUUGGUGGCGCAACUGCGCAGCCAGCCAAUCCGAGCACGUUCACUUUUGGCCAGGCAGCAAGCAAUGCAGCUGCUUCGCCUUUCGGUGCAGUCAACGGCGCAUCCACGCCAGCAUUUGGCUCACCGCCACCGGUCGUGAAUGGCUCACAAGCCCCUUUUGGCAGCUCGGCAAGCAUGUUUGGCGCCCAGCAGGCCGUACCAAGCACUUUCGGCAGUACGAAUACCUCGAACCCUUUCGGCAGCAACGGUCAGACUGGAGGUACUGCUGCCGCGUUUAAUUUUGGUCAAUCAAGCACGCAGCCGCCGACUCCAGCCCCUGCAGCCCCUAGCUUUGCCUUUGGCGCGCCUACGAAUGCGACGCCUCAGUCCUUCGCAUUCGGCGCCGGCUCUUCGCAGUCAUCUCAGCCGCAGUCGACUUUCAACUUCGGCGCACCAGCUGCUCAAGCUCAGAACCCUUUUGGUGCGCCUGCUAUCACGCCGACGGCACCGACGCCAGGCACGCCUUCUGGAGCGCCUAUCAUGUUCAACAUUGGCUCUGGAGGCGGAACGAGCUCGUCGAGCAGGCCGAUGAAGCCGUUGCGACGAGCGGGCAGAUGA